CAGUAAAAAUUUUAUUAGACGAUCUUAUCAACGUCUCUCUAACUUAACCAAAUGUCUAUUUACCCAAAAAAACGUUGAGCCAAACACUGUCUUUCACUUUUUCCCAAAUAUUCGUUUUCGGAAAAUGGCUUCUCACCAUCACUACCACCACCACCCCACGGUGGCCGCCACCAACCCCACCCCUAUCUCCGCCGUCUGUUACUGCUAUUCUUGUUACCCCACCCCAUCCCCGUACCCUCAUCCUCCACCAACAAAUCCACCACACUCCACUCCCCCUUAUACCCACUACCCCACUCCACAGACUCACUUCUGUGCUUCCCAUCUAACCUCACCCCCACCACCCUACAACCCUCCUACCCAGUGUCAAUGCCAACCCCUUAACCAAAAUCAUCAAUAUUUUCAAGAAGUCGAUCAUCGAGUCAACAAAAUACCAGAACAGCAAACUCAACGCAUUGUUACAUCUCUUCUCCGUCGGAUCGCCGCCUUAGAAUCUUCCCUCCGCCGCAGCUCUUCUAUUUCUCCUCGUUCUCGUCAGUCCCUACGCGAUGCUGCAGCGCGUACUAUUCAAACGCACUUCAGAGCCUUCCUUGCUCGUAGAUCGAGAACCCUCCGGCAGCUAAAACAGCUGGCUUCCAUCAAAACAACUCUCAAUAUUCUCAAAUCGUCAGUUUCUGGUAAACCCCAUUUUGAUACUCAAGCUGUUUCUCACAGAGCUAUGGAUUUACUUGUUAAACUUGAUUCUAUUCAGGGGGAUGAUCAAUUAAUUAGAGAUGGUAAAAGGUCGAUAAACAACGAACUGACUAGAUUUAUGAAGGUAAUUAAUGGGGUUUCGGUAUUUUCAAGUAGAGUAGUGAAGAAUGUGAGGAGUGGCAACAAAUCUAGGGUUUUUAACAGUGACCGUGAAGUGGAACUUGGCACAAAUCUUAACGAAGCCAUCGAUAAGUUUGUUGCUACGGUAAAUGAAUCUGAAGAGGAAGAGGAAGAGGAGGAGCACCUAAAAAAUCCUAGAGUUUCUGAAGCUAGAAAAUCUGGGGUUUUAAGACGAAAUAGGGAUGAAGGUGGGCUUAAACCAAAACAAAAGAAAUCUGUGAGCUUUGCAGAAAAUGUUGAUGGGCAAGAAUCAUUUGAUGCUGAUGAGAUAGAGCUGAUGAAAAACCUUAGCAGAAGAGUUGAAAAAAUUGGAGCUUUAUCCAAGGAUGACGCUGAAGUUGAUGAGGAAGAAGAUGGAGGCCGGUAUAGUGGAAGUAGUGAUAAUGAAAUAAUGGAUCCAAAUUACUACAUUUCAAGAAAAGAUGAUGGUUAUAAUGAAAGGAAUGUGAGAGAUGAGGAUGAGAAUGAAACUGAGAGUUUCUUGUUCUCAGCACCAUUGCCUGUGAAGAUGGAAGCUAGAGCUGCAGCUGAUUAUAUCAACAACAGGAAAAAGGGUGUCAAGAUAGUUGACAAUUGAAUAGUAAGUCCCCAACAAGAUGUCAAGAUUUGAACUUUGGUGAGCUUGACAAUUAGGUGGAAGUUUGAGCUUCUGCAAUUCUUGGGAAUUAUUUGUAACUGUUAGUGAUGAUAGUGAUCUUGAUGACUACUGUUAGGUUUGAUUAUGGAAAGUUCAUGUGUGUUGGAGUUUUGGAUUUUGGCUGUUUUCUUCUCUGCCAUUGUGGUAGGAAUGGGAGAUCUUUUGGAUGUAAUAUGGCCUUGUUCUGUAUGUCUUAAUGAUGAUUGUUGAAGAGUUUAGAAGUCACAUUUUGUUCAAAGAUGAAUCAACAGGUGGCUAUUUCCUGUGGAGUUGUUUUAACUUUUAAAAAGGUUCUUUCUCCCUGAUUGUUGCUGAAUUCAAUGGUCAAUUUGGACGAUCAGUAGUAGUGGACAGUGUCAUUGUAACUGUAACUUAUAAAGAAAAAUCAAACCUCUUAUAGUCAAA